CCUUUAGCAGGAAGUUAUUAUGAGACUAACAUGUUUUUAUCACAUUUCCUCUUAAUUUCCGUACAUGUAGGAAUGAUGUAUACUGCCAAGAAAUGUGGAAUUAGAUUCCAGCCUCCAGCUAUUAUCCUAAUCUAUGAGGGUGAAAUCAAGGGGAAAAGUCGUCAGCGUAUCAUGCCAGUUCGAAACUUUUCAAAGUUUUCAGACUGCAGUAGAGCAGCUGAGCAACUAAAGAAUAAUCCACGACACAAGAGUUACCUGGAACAAGUAUCUCUGAAGCAGCUAGAGAAGUUAUUUGGUUUUUUACGAGGUAACUUGCAGGGGCAGAGUUUGGCAGAAACAAUGGAACAAAUUCAGCGGGAAAGAACCAUUGAUCCUGAGGAAGACCUGAACAAACUAGAUGACAGGGAACUUGCUAAAAGGAAGAGCAUCAUGGAUGAACUUUUUGAGAAAAAUCAGAAGAAGAAGGAUGAUCCAAAUUUUGUUUAUGACGUUGAAGUUGAGUUCCCACAGGAUGAACAACUACAAUCCUGUGGCUGGGACACAGAGUCAGCUGAUGAAUUCUGAUACUAAA